GUCUUUGCUCAGGCUAGAUUAUUUAUUUCAAAACGACCACUGAACAAACGUUUGCCUCAAUUUUUUUUCCAAAUUUAAAAGUUAAAAAAUUGUUAUAAACAAAGAAAUAUAAACUAUUUCGGUAGCAACUCAAAAAAUGUUGCAUAAGUGGAACAGAAAGUGUUGGAGAUCUAUUUAGUGUUGGGUGGCUAGGUGUGUUUCAUUUUACAUUUUUCUGUCUUGGAUCAUCCACAAAUUACGGAAAUGUGAUAAACCAAUCAGUAUAAACUAUUUCGGAUGCAACUGACAAAAUGCUGCGCAAGUAGAACAGAAAGUGCUAGAAAGCAGCUAUUUAGUACCAAGUGGCAAAUUUGUGUUUGUUUUGACACUUUUGUGUUUGGCACCUGAUUAUCUCUAAGUGAAACGUUCGGAUUCUCGUGGUGUGAAAUAAAAUAGUCUGACGUAUAAGGGCACGUGUGGGAGAGGCCCGUCCGGACUGUCAAUUGCCACUGCCCAUCCUGCAUCGCGAUAAUUAUCACGACCAGCGCGGCGUCGCCAUCAGUUUGCCUGUCUGCUUCAACAAAUCUCGACGUUUACCAAUCAACAAGUUGGAAUUUUUUCCGCAAUCAGUGAGCUUCCAGACAUUAGUGGGAUACCAGACAUCCAGUAAGAUACCAGAAAUACAGAGUAAUACCAGCCAUCAAGUGAGAUCGAAGUUUAGGGUAUCUGAGACCCAGCACCAGUUAAAGAGGGAAAUGCCAAUGGGCAGAAAAUCCUUUUUUCUUGGACCAGAACUUCUCUUUCUCUUCCCUUCUCCCUUUCAUCUCAAAAAAAGUUUGAAAAAUAAGCUGGAAAUAAUAAGUUGCAGAAAAUAAGUUCCAACACUCUUAGAAGGUCUUGCUGGAUGGAGAAGGCCAAGCUGUGAAAGAUAUCAACUCUACAAGGGAUGAUACCUUCUGAAGACACUAGGAGGAUCAGUUUUUUGUUCUCGAAAAUAAUUUUAAAAAAAUAAGAAGCUGCGGAAAAUAAGUUCCAGCAGUCUUGGAAGGUCUUGGCUGAUGGAAAAGUAGGCCAAGGUGUGAUAGACGUAAAUCGUGCAAGAGACGGUAUCGUCCGAAGACAUUAGGAGGUGAUCAUCAGAAAAGACAACAAGUGACGUGAAGAAGUUAGACUCGUGACCAUCGAUUUGUGACCGGUGAAUAAGUAAAUCAGUAAAUUGGUGAAUUGGUAGAUUGAAUUUGUAGGCAGUUGAAAUGGAGAACGAGACAGUGAGGACGAGGCCCGGCGAGGAGCUGAUGAAGAGACGAGUGUCCAUUAGUGAACAGAUUAUCGGGGUGGACAACCCGGCCUUCGAUCAUAACAGCCACAACAAUCACAGGCGCAUUAGUGCUAGUUCUGAACAUUCAGAGCCUGUACGAAGAAAGUCGAUUUUACACCACGGAGGUAGUCACUGUGGCAGUGUGGAAAAUAUACCUCAGUACAAGUUCGACCUAGAGAACGGUAGACUCAAUGGCAGGAAGAAGUCUGCGUUCAGUUUAUCCAGCUCCAUCAGAGACAAAGUCGAAUACUCCGAGGAGCUCGAGAGAUCGUGGCUCUACUUAUUUUGCGCCCGAUGUCACGGUCGAGAUGACAACCCAUCGUGGGAGCCACCUGGAUGGAGAAGAGCUUGUCCGCAGCCCUUCUGCCCUACCUACAGAAAAUUCGCCAGAAUCCUAUGUCUCUUCCUGUUGGGCCUUCUACUCUGGGGCAUCGUCUACUCGAUUGUCGGCGAGGAUGCAGCUCCCGGACAUCCUCUCUUCAGUUUGGCUGCCCUCUGCAUCGCCGCACACUUCGGAGGGUGGCUCAUUUCCCUGACCACCCUUCCAGCUCUCAUCGGCAUGCUCAUCACGGGAAUGCUCCUACAGAAUGUAGGAUGGGUCAGCAUAGAGGGCAGAUACAGUAUCGUUGUCUCCAAUUUGCGAAAAAUUGCUUUGGUGAUAAUCCUGACGAGGGCAGGCUUAGACCUGGAUCCAAAAGCCUUAAAAAGCAUGAAGAUAACUGUGCCAAAGUUAGGCUUGAUACCUUGGUUCGUAGAAGCAACUGUAGUGGCUGUGCUAACAAGGUACUUAUUGGGCCUGCCAUGGGUAUGGGGUUUCCUACUUGGUAGCAUCAUAGCUGCUGUGUCUCCGGCUGUGGUGGUUCCCUGCCUCUUCCGCCUACGCGGCAAAGGUUACGGCGUGGCUAAGGGUAUUCCAACGUUAAUCAUCGCAGUGGCAGGUAUCGAUGAUGCAGCUUCCGUUGCUAUCUAUGGAAUCAUCAAGAGCGUCAUGUUCUCUCACGACGCACUUUGGUAUCAAAUUCUACAGGGACCAAUUGCCAUUGUUGGUGGGCUUGGUUUCGGAAUCCUCUGGGGAUGGCUUGCCAAGUACGUGCCAGAGAAAGGCGACCCAUUUAUGGUACCCAUGAGGGUAUUGAUGCUGCUGGGAGGAGGAAUGCUUGCAGUAUUUGGUAGCGAAGCUAUCGAAUUAGGAGGUGCUGGACCUCUGGGUGUUGUCGCAGCUGCUUUCGUGAGCUGUUACUUCUGGGAAGAGCAAGGCUGGGAGGUGGAUGACAAUCCUGUUGCCACAGCCUUCGAGAUAUUUUGGAUGAUUUUCGAGCCCAUCCUUUUUGGAAUCACAGGAACACAAAUAAAGAUUUCCGAAUUAGAAGGUAGCACCGUAUAUCUAGCGAUUGGAUGUCUCAUCGCUGGAAUUGUGAUUCGCAUUAUAGCCACGAUCCUCGUCGGAAUUGGUUCGAAAUUAAACCUAAAAGAAAAAGUUUUCAUUGCCUUUUCCUGGAUGGCGAAAGCCACUGUACAAGCGGCUCUUGGCCCUGCACUUUUGGACUCCAUCGACAAAGAGAAUCCAGAGCAGGUGGAAUAUGCUCAAAAAGUAUUAGCAAUUUGCGUUCUUUCGAUUUUACUCACGGCGCCUUUAGGAGCCAUUAUCAUAUCUCUCUCGGGACCAAAGCUUUUAACGAAAACUACGGAACCAGUAGCAACUGAUAACUGGCGGGCCCGGAGGCCGUCAAUCAGAGACAUCUCCAUCAUCAACGAAGAUCCCGACCUGGAGGAAACUGCUGAAAAUGGGAACGAAAACGGGAAGCCCUGAUAGAGCCCCGUUUAAAAUUGACUUCAAUUUAACGAAUAAAGUACAGAGUCAGGGUGAAGAUUCCCUCAGAACAGGAAAUCAUGGGUAACCUCGUCUGGUUGGCGAGGACACCCAGACGCAAAAAUGAUACAUAGUGGAAAAAAAUAAUACAGUGAAACUCGGAGACUGUGCCGGUUCUGGGGCUGGUGGUGGUGGGGAUCAAACCCGACAGAGUGUCGAUUCGGAGAAAAAAUCUUUAGUUUCUUUACGCCUGAUUGGACACCGCACACUCCUUGUAGCUUUUUUUAACCCUACCUUAGGCUCGGCGUCAAUUCUCGGAAGGCAUAUAUCCCGGGGGCGUUAUAUCCGAGUUUGACUGUACAUAAUUUGUUUCAACUAUGUCUCAUUCUUCGGCCUGGGUAUUACAGAAAUAGAAGAUUACAAAGGUGAUCAACAUCCAUUUUCUGCUUUGAGAACAAAUGCUCUUUGAGAAGAGUCCUCUUUUGAGAAAGGCUAAUAUGGUCCGUCUUUAGUGAAAUCUGUAUUUCAUCUCAACAAUCAAAGAGUGAAAAGGACAUUAAAAUCAUAUUUUCAAGUGGACAUCCACAAGUUACACAAGAUUAUUUUCUUAAAUUCACCCCCUCCCCUCCCCUUUUACCUAAAAACCCUAAUAUUUUUUUGAGUCCCAUCCCGAAUCGUAUUACGAUUUUAAGAACUUAGGGUACUGUGAUAAAUUCGAAUUCUGUUCUAUAAAAUGAAUCUUAGUAAAAUGAAUUUUGGGGAAAAAUAUCUUAAUCAGAAGUAUUUAGCCUUUCAAAUAUUCAAUUUUGAAAUUUCUUUAUAGCCUUCAAUAUUGCAGUGGAAAUUUAACUUUAUUUU